AUGCCGCCCGCGGGGACAGAGACGAAGCGCGUGUUGAUCGCCGGCGGCCCCCGCGGGCAGUGGGACGCCCUGUUCGCGCGCGUGGGGGCCGUGAACGCCAAGUCCGGGCCCUUCGCCGCGCUCCUGUGCGUCGGACAAGCGUUCGCGGAUGGCGAGGGCGACGACAUGGGGCAGCUGGCGCCCUACGUCCGGGGGGAGACGCAGGCGCCAGUGCCGACGUACUUCCUGGGAGCAAACGGAGAGGGGUCGGGGGCCGCGGUGCGCGCGCUUGCGGCGCCGCCGGCCAACGAGGGGGGUAGGAACGUGGCGUACCUCGGGCGCGCCGGGAUCAGCGACGUCCAGGGGAUCAAGGUGGCGUAUCUUGACGGGGUGGCUCCUGCCAGCGGCGAGACAGCAGGGGAGAGCGCCGCCGAGGGCAAGCACUACGGGCCUGCCGAGCUGGCGACGCUGAACGGGCUCGCGGAGACCGAGGCUGACGUCGACUUCUUCCUCUCGCUGGAGUGGCCGCGGGACGGCGCGCGCGGAGCCCCGGACGAUCCAGCCCUGAAGGACGCGCCCGGCAUCGCCGGGGCCACUGCGCCCGCGGAACUCGUCGCGAAGCUGCGCCCGCGCUACCACAUCACCACGGGCCUCGGGCGGUUCUACCAGCGACCGCCAUACGCCAACAAGGACCUCGGAGCAGGGUCGCACGUCACCCGGCUGAUCGCGCUGGGCGUGUACGGGAACAAGGAGAAGCAGAAGGCAAUGCACGCGCUGGCGGUGGUGCCAGCGGCGCAGAUGGACCCCGCGAAGCUCGCGGAGCACCCCGCGGACACCACGCGCUCGCCGUACGACGAGGCGUUCUUCAAGGGGUCCGCGAAGCGCGCCGCGGAGGCGGACGACACCGGGCAGUCGUGGCGUUGGCAACAGCCGGGGACGAAGCGGCAGCGGAAGGUGGCGGCCCCGUCGCACGGGCGCGACGACGUGGUGCGGGACUCGAGGCGGACGGUGUUCGUGAAGAACCUCCCGUUCGACGCCGAGGAGAAGGACCUCGUCGCGUGGUUCUCGCAGUGCGGCGAGGUCGAGGAUGUGCGACGGAAGGCGCGCGAGGACGGUCGCAUCAACUCGUGGGCGCACGUGCAGUUCAAGACGCUCGAAGGGGCGUCGCGCGCCAUGGCGCUGAACGGCUCGCAGAUGAUGGGCCGCACGCUGACCAUCGACAGCGCCACCGCGUCGCGGCAGCUCCUGGACGCCAAGCCCGUCGACGGCUGCUGGUUCUGCGUCUCGAACGAGGCGGCCUCUCUCUGGCUCGUCGCGUCCGUCGGCGAGCAGUCCUACCUCGCCGUCGACAAGGCGCCAAUACACCCCCAGCACUGCCUGGUGCUGCCCGUGGAGCACUACCGCUGCAGCGUGCACGUGCCGGACCAGGUGUUCGAGGAGAUGCAGCGGUACCUGAAGGCGGUGCGGUCGAUGAUGGCGGCGGGCGGCAAGGAGAUGGUGUACUUUGAACGCUUCGUCAACCUGCGGGCCAAGGGCGGCAACCACUGCCACAUCAACUGCGUGCCCGUCGCGGCGGCCGCGGUGCCGGGCGCGGCGCAGACGAUCGUGCGCAUGGGGGAGGCGAGCGGCGUGGGGUUCAGGGAGAUCGACUCGGAGGCGGACAUUCGCGACGCGGUGAAGGACGUGGCAGGCGAGGAGGAGUUUUUGCUGUGGGUGUUGCCGAACGGGAUGCGGCUGCUGCACGUCAUUCCGCGGCACUCGCGGCACCCGAUGACCCUGGCGCGCGAGAUCGCGGCGACGCUGUGCGGGAAACCCGAGCGCGCGGAGUGGAAGAAGUGCAUGGGGACGCGCGAGGAGGAGGAGCAGUUCACCGACCGGUUCAAGGAGGCCUUCAAGGACUACGACAUCAUGCGAUAG